AAAGGUUAAAAUCGACAACUCGACAUGCUUAAGUUGUGGCAGCGAUUACUAGAGAUAGAUGGCUCCAUAAAAGGAGGGCCACGUUGUUGCAUGGCAUGCCCCCCCUGAAUACGCUUGUUCUCCUCCUCCUCUGUAAUUCUCCCUGUUGCAACGACUCUAAUUUUCAUUUCAAGGAAGACAACUGGGACCACGAGGGAUUGAAGGGGAUUGAGGGAAUUAAUUUCUUCCUUAAUUCCUUUUAAUUCCCGAUCCCUGGUCACCAAAUCAGCCCGCAUGUGACUAUAUUAUCGCAGUGUAAUUAAGAGAAGGAACGGGACAAGAUGUUCUUUCAGAGGAAGAAAUCAAAGAAAGCCAAAGACUCCAGAGGAUCGCAGAAGAAGGGGAAAGAUGGGCGUGGGAAGAAUGAUCUUUUCGAUCGUGCCAAGGGAGGGCUUGAUGCCCUCGCAGGAAGCCUGCAGGAAGCCAAGAAGGACGCCGAAACGGCGACUGAGAAGCUUCAAGGGGAUGUGAAGUCGGGCAUGGAAACGAUCCGGCACAAGGGCUCAGGCCUCCUUGAGAAAGCCAAAGAAGAACUCGGGAGUCACUCCGACGCCAGCCGUUCCUCAAAGGAACUAGAGCGAGGAAGCGAGGAACAGGGGAACAACAAGGACAUGGACGCUUUCAGUGCAGUGAUGGACAAGGUGAAGGGCCACCCAGAAGCGAUGGAGAAGGUCAGCGCUGUGAUGGACAAGGUGAAGAGCCACCCGGAAGUGGUGGACAAGGUCAAGGACGAGGUGAUGAGCCUCGCUGGCGCUCUCCGUCUGCGGAGACAUGGAUCCGAAGAUAAAGAAGCUGAGUCCGAAGAGAAGGCAGAAGGAGCGCAGAGCGCCGACGAGGGUGCCUCUGAUGGCAUGGCUGGAGAACCUAGUGUGUUGGAGCAGGCCGUGCAAGAGAUUCAGGCUGUCGCCGCAGCUUUGCAGCAGACAGCUGAACCCGAAGCUGAAAUUCCAGCUGAGACCGCUGCUGCUGCUGCUGCAGAAACUUCUGCUGGAGGAGACAAGCCUGAAGAAACGAACGGGGAGGUGGAGCAAGAUGACCCGAAGAAGCGGCUCGACUUCGCUGGGUUCUUCGCCAUGCUGCUCGAGAGGUUCUGCUCCCCGGCCAGCAAGAAGAAAGAUUAAGUUGGUUGCAGGUCCGGCUUGUGGAUUUCUCGUUCUGUCUUCUGUGAUCUUCGACUUGGACAUUACAUGGAGUGCGUGGGAUUGUGGGUGGUGUACAGUCUGCAGUUGUGUUAUCUUAAAACAACAAAUCAGCUAUUGGUUUUUUACUACCUUACUUUGAUGACGGGGCAAUGGCUACGUUUUACUUGAUGUAAUUAUCAUCGCCAUUGUGGAUUUAAUUUAUUUUAUCUCUACUAUAUUUAAAGCACAAGUUUCAA